UUUAUAUUGUAUAUAAAUGUGUUCGGUGUGUCUUUCAUAUGGAGAGAAAAAAAAAGACAAAGAAAAAGUGUUGAUGAAGAAUUAAAAAAAAAAAUGAUGAUGAUAAAAUUUCCAAAUUUAUAAAAUGUAAAAAUUACAAACAGUUAGAUAACACAAAACGCCUGAUCCGAAAUUUGCUUCAUUUUAUUAUUCAUUUUAUAUUCAUUUAAUCAUCAUCAUCAUUAUUAUUAUUAUUAUCAUUUACAUUGAUUUUUUUGCCUGAAUUUCAUCUUAAAGAACAUCCAUCCAUCCAUCCAAAUGAAUUCCAACACAUAGAUCAGUGAAUUCAUCAACAUUUAUUACACUGAUUAGUUUUUUUUCGUCGUUUCUACCAAUAAAUUGUGGACAAAUUAAAAAAAAAUUAUCACUUUUUGUUUCAUCAUUUCUGGCUCAUUAUUUACCCACUAACCGUCACAUCAUGGUCAUUGUUGAUGUGUGUAUGGUGGUGGUGGUGGUUAAAAAAAUCAACCUGACAGUAUUGAUUGGUUAAAUUAUGAACAGUCAUCAUCUACAAAAUUAUCAUGUUCAACAUUAAUGAUAUAUAUUCUGUUCGUCUUUUUUUGAUCCUUUGUCGAAUUGUUUCAAUAUAAUAUGAUUACCUUGUCUUGAUCAUCAUCAUCAUUUAAUUAUUUUGUUUGCUAAAUUACAAUUUUUUAUGACAAUUUUUUUUUAGUUAUUAUUUCUAAUGAUAUAUUCAUAUCAUCAAUCACCGCCCAUCUUAUAAACAUUGAUAAAUGAUACAUCAUUAAUUGGAAUUUGUUUUUUUUUGCCAUUUAAUCGAUGAAUUUCGACAUGGAAUUCGUCAAAACGGAUAAUGCCGUUAUGACGACGGCAGGGACAACAUCGUCGUCUGAAGAUGCCACAUACUUUAUUGAAUCAAUAAGACAUUCAGGUGUUGCACCAACAUUUAUAGCCACUUGUCUAAUCAAACUAUGUGAUUCAAAGACUAAUUGUACGGAAGAGAUGUUGAUCAAAUUCGCUAACAAUGUUGUAGAAAAUUUAAUAUGUGAAUCACCUCUCACUGAAAUUCUUCGAACGUUAGACUCAACAGAAUUCUCUAAAAAAAUAUCCAUGCUUCAACAAUUUGACUUUAAUAAAUUUCUUUUCGUUUGUCGAUAUCUGUGCUCAUCGGACAAACAAGGAUUGGACAUACUUGGCAUAACGUUUUUUUCAAAAGUCUGGAAAAGCAAUGCUCAUUUUCAACAGCAAGUCAUAAGAUAUUGUAUCGUUUCAGAUUGGGUGCAACAGAUAUUAAACAAUUGCAAGCAUCCUUCUCUGACCAAGAAAGUGCCUCAAAUCGAAAAUCUAAAAUGUCCAAUUGAAUAUGAGACUGACUGUCAGAUUUAUUGUUGGAAAUAUCAGUGUUUAUGUCAGAUAUUGCUAGAUCUUUCUGAUAUCAAUCAAUUGACUCGUUCAUUUGUGGAAGAGAUAUUUUUCACGCCAUUAAACAAAUGUCCAGAUCUGCUGGUAUUUUCCUUGAUUGAAUGUCACGGUAAUCAUGGCUUAAAAGAAAAUGUACUCAUCAAAGCUUUAUUGAAAUUCAUCUGUGUCAGUCACAAUAAUCCGAAUCCGAAUGCAACACUAAUCAUACAAAAAAUUUGGCCUACUGAUUUUGUCUAUACUCCUAAAAUCAUAUUGACAUGGGCUCAAAAAUCAUUGCUAACAGCAAUGGUUGAGCUUUAUACAUCUUCAUCACCCGAAGAACAAUCAUAUAAGCUUUCGAAAAUUCUUGAUCUUUCUCAAGAUUUAAAAGUUUUAAAUGUUUUACUAUCAAGCAAUACGUAUUCAUUUGUGAUUGAUCUUGCUUGUUUUGCAUCCCGACGUGAAUACCUUAAGCUUGACAAAUGGCUCAACGAUAAAAUUACACAGAAUGGCCCUCAAUUUGUAGAUGCAUGUAUACAAUUUCUCAAAAAACGAUGCGCUAUAUUUGGAGCAACAGAACCGACAACAUCACUUCCAAACGAAACGUAUCGAAUUAUAUUGAAUUGUCUUCGACAUCAUGUUUCUGAUACUCCAAAAUCAAUGAUAGAAUUUGAGAUAAUAAAAAUGUAUAACAAAUUCACUCAAUGGGUGAAUCAAAACCAAUUCGUAAACUCACAGCUACCGACAACUAUGAAACCUAGCCAGUUUGAUUCAGUCGGAUCUCAUUUGUUUCCAGAGAAUCCUAUCCGUAGUCCUCAGCUAAACGCUACUCAACAGCCUUAUAGUCCAGAAACUGAAGAAGAAUUUACUAAAGACAUUGAGGAAGAAGCCGAUUCUUACUUUCAACGAAUCUAUAAUCAAGAUCAGCCAGAUUCAUUGACUAUCGAUCAAUUUCUUGACAUGUUGAAAAAAUUUCAAGAAUCGUCCCAUAAAAGAGAGAAAGAAAUUGCUGCUUGUAUGAUCAGAAAUCUUUUCAAAGAAUAUCCGUUUUUGCCACAAUAUCCAGACAAAGAACUUGUCAUCACAGGAGAAAUAUUCGGCGGUAUUAUUUUGAAUAAUUUGGUCAAAGGUCUUACUAUGGUCAAUGCAUUGCGAUGCGUAAUGGACGCACUCAAACGUACGGAAUCAUCAUCUCGUUAUUUUAUGUUUGGACAAGCUGCAUUGAAUAAGCUGAAAACUCGUCUAAAAGAAUUUCCACAAUUCUGCAAUCAUCUUUGUAACAUCCCUACUUAUCGUGAUUUGCCGCCUAUUUUGAUCGAAUUCAUCGAGUACGCUAGACAGGGUACAGAUCCGCCGUCGCUAACUCAUAAUCGUCGUAUUACACUUUUAAAUAGCAACAAUAAAAUGAACGCAGGAAACAAUCAAGCAUCAAAUGAUGCUCAAUGUCAACAAGUCGAAAUUCCACCAAGCGCUUUCCAGGACAAAGUUGCAUUCAUUAUUAAUAAUCUAUCUCAAAUGAAUCUUGUCAAGAAAGCUGAUGAAUUUAAAGAAUUGUUUCUUAAAGAAAAAGAUCAAUACUUUCAAUGGUUUUCGCAUUAUUUUGUCAUGAAACGUGUUGGCUUAGAAUCAAAUUAUCAUGAAUUAUAUGCAACAUUUAUGGUCAAAGUGAGCACUAGUGAUCUUUCAGUGAAAAUCCUAUCUGAGACUUAUCGUAACAUCAAAAUCCUGCUCCGCUCAAACAAAGAAACUGACAAUUUUCAGGAUCGAACUUUGUUGAAAAAUCUUGGCAAUUGGUUGGGCAUAAUUACGUUAUCUCAAAAUAAGCCGAUUCUCACAAUAAAUUUAGAUUUGAGAAAUUUGUUGAUUGAAGCCUAUCAUAAAGGUCAACUACAAAUGUUAUUUGUAGUACCGUUUGUCACCAAAAUAUUGAUGGGUUCAGCUAAAUCCAAAGUAUUUCGUCCACCAUGUCCAUGGACAGUCAAGUUGAUCAAAAUUUUAGUCGAAUUGCACAGCGUUUCUAAUUUGAAAUUAAAUCUCAAGUUUGAAGUGGAAGUUUUAUGCAAACAUCUUGAAUUGAAAAUAGAGGAUUUUAUGGGUAAAUCUCAAGAUUUAAAAAAUAAAGAAUUAUUCAUGAAACUGGAACCACAACUUGGAGCUAGCUCUAUGCCUCGACCUAAUUUCGUCCCAAAUAACAUUGGAUCAGUUUUAGAACCAAAUGUUGCUAUCUCUGGAAUGUUACAUUCAUCACAUUCAACGGUUGAUAGUAAUUCGAUGCAUCCACAAACAGCUGUUUCAAACACAGUAACUGCUACAACAAAUCAGGUGCAAAAUUAUAAUGAAAUCAACGUGAACAAUAUAUCGAAUCUUUCUCAGUCGAUUGUUAUCCAACCGAAUUUGCAGAUUAUCAUGUUGAACCCACAACAUAAGAAUUUUAUUCGUAAUUUAAUCGAAAAAUGUGUACAAGAAUGGAUUACUUUUGUCUCGGAACGAGUGAUCAAAGUUUGUAUGGUCACCACCGAAACAUUGGUCAAGAAAGAUUUUGUCCAUGAAUCUAAUGCUGAGUUAAUGCGUAAUGCAGCCCAUAAAAUGAUGCGUUCACUAGUUGCAGGAUAUUCAUUGAUCAACACUCAAGAACCGUUGCUUAAUCGAAUACAAAUGUCAUUGCUUACCUAUUUUCAGGCUAAACCAAUGAUGAACGUGACUAAAGAAUUGAUUGAUUCGACCAUUCAAAGACUGAUAAACGAUAAUUUGGAAUUGUGCGUGUGUUUUGUUCAGAAAACAUGCAUCGAACGAGCCAUCGAAGAAUUAGAUAAACGAAUGAAACCAGAUUUUGAAGCACGACAGAAAAUCACAGCAGAUGGUAAUAAGAAAAGUUCAUCCAUAAGUCUAAAACAAUUGCAAAUUUAUGAAGAAAUGGGACGAAAUAUUGCCGGUUUUAGUACAAAUCAAUCAUCAUUCUAUACGCCAAUGGAUAACACACCAGCUAAAACUGCCAAUUAUCCGAGUGUCAACGUUUUGUCCGCCUCCUCACACAACUAUCCGUUGGUCCAUAAUGAACAUAAUGCCAUGAACGUUCAGGGAAAUCAAGUUCAUGUAGAUGCUUUUGUUGUUAUUUAUGAUAAAUUAAUCAAACAUCUGAGUGAAUUGAUUCAAGAAUUUGAAUAUGUCCAUUACACAACAGAAGCAAUGCAUCAGGUAUUGGAAAUUCUGAAAGUUUGCAAGCAAAAUCCUCGUGAUCAAGCAACGGCUGUCAGUUUGAUCAAGAAUGUCAUUAAUGGUCUCAGAGAAUUGUUGUUGAAUGCUGAAACUGGUGUCACCGAUUUGGCUGUCAUAUCCCGUGCACGAGAUUUUUACCUCAUACUUUUGAAAGCUCUUGCCGAUCAACGAGCUUAUAAUCUUCGUUUCACAACAUUGAAUGUAACCCGUUCUGUUCUUGAACAUUGGAUAGCAAUGAAUACCACGUUUCCGGAUGAUCUUUUUGACAUUCUUAAUCGUCAAGAAUUGAUCAACCUCAAUUUUCUCGACAAUGAAUUCUAUCAGAUACUAGAAAAUGGUUCCACCAGUUUUCCGAUGAUUUUGAAUUUCCUCAAAUAUUAUCUAGGCAACAUUAGUGCAAAUCAUUUUCCUACAACAUUGGAUUUAUUACAACGAAUCGUCGCAAUGAAAAUGAAUCAACAGAGUCCUACCAAUACUCAGUUAAUCAUAGAACUAAAACAUAUUCUUUCAUUGGCACGAAUCAAUAUACCUAAUCAAUCGAAUAAUGAAAUGAUGGAUGGUUCAGCUCUCGAAACAAUCGUAAAGGAUUGGAUACGAUAUUACAAUUCUAAAGAUAUUAACAAUUCUUUCCCUGUUGUUGUGAAGAAUAUGAAUGCACAGGGCAUUCUCAAAAACGAUGAAUCGAUUGCAAAUUUUUUUAAAUUUUUUCUCGAAUUCUGUGUCGAACGAUGCUAUCAAAUUAUUUCAUACGCUGUGCAACAUCCAACAUUUCCAUUGAAUAAUAUCCAUCUUAAAUGCUAUGAAUUGAUUGAUUCGUAUUCUGUAUUGGUCAUAUUGUUCAUAAAACAAAGUGGCAACCAAGGAAAUUUGGAUCAAAAAUUUCAAUUUCUAAUCCGUAUCUUGACCAUAUUGACAAACACAGCUUACCGUGAUCAGGAAAUUCAUCAUAAAGAUUUUUUUUCAUUGACAUACUACCGAAUAAUGCUAUCGAUUUUUAUCGAAUUUUUCUAUUCGCCAUUGAAUUUUGGCUUUCAGGAAUUAAUUGUCAGUAAUGACAAUCUAUUCGAAGUUUUCAAGUUUCACCUGGUUCGAAAUUAUUGUAAUUUUUUGCAUCAAAUGUGUCCAUCAAAAAUGCCAUCAUUUACGUUUGCAUGGCUAGAUUUUAUUUCACAUCGAAUUUUCAUGGGAAAGUGUUUAGAUAACAGUCAUCAAAUUAAUCACAAAACAUGGCCCAUCUAUUGUGCUCUAUUGACUGACCUCUUACUUUUCUUGAAGCCAAUCUUGCAGAAUAUGGAUUCAUUCAUAGUAAAUACAAACAUGGAACUUUACAAGGGUACAUUGAAAUUGUUUCUAAUUUUGUUUCAUGAUUUUCCUGAAUUUUUAUGUGAAUAUUGUUAUAAUUUGUGUGACAUCAUUCCUAUUCGAGCUGUGCAACUUAGAAACAUUAUUCUGAGUGCUAAUCCAAUCAAUAUACCUGAUGUUUCAAAUCUCAAAGUGGACAAUCUUUAUGAAAUUAUACCACCUGUUCGAAUUUCAAGCACUAUUCUGUGCGAUCAGUUACAAUAUUUUCAAAAAGAAUUGGAAAGCUAUCUGCUUCAUCGUACUCCCAGCAAUUUUCUCACUGAUUUAGCUCAGGCUUUAAGCGCAAAUCUAUUGAAUGCCGAGAAGCAAUCCAGUUUCACUACACUGAUUAAUGCUUUAACGCUAUAUAUUGGCAUAUCGGCCAUUCAGACCAACAAAUCAGUGACUAUUAAUUCAAUUCAUAAUUCGGUUCAUCUCGAAAUUUUCCAACACUUGUUGAUGAACUUUGAUUCUCAAGGUCGAUAUAUACUAAUCAAUUCGAUGGUUGAUCAUCUACGUUAUCCCAACAAUGAAACUCUUUUAUUUAUAUGUCUACUUUUAACAUUGUUCAAAGAAAAUAAUGAACAUAUUCGUGAACAAAUUGUUCGAGUAUUACUUGAACGUUACAUCACUCAACGACCACAUCCAUGGGGAAUCGAAUAUUUGAUUAAUGAAUUAUUUCGUAAUCCUAAUUACAAAUUAUUGGAACAUAAUUUCAUCAAAUGUGUUCCGGAGAUUGAAAAAUAUUUUUCACGAUCAACAUAAACACUACAUCAAAGUACAACAAUCAAAUUGCUAAAUAUAACUGAACAAAAAUGAAAAUAUCAUCGAUCUCGAUUUAUGAAUAUUGCAUCAAGUUUAUUAUUUGAAAAUUUUUUUUUUUGGUUCGUUUUUUUUUGUAAAUAUUCAACAAUCAUAAUCAUCUGGAAAUCGAAUGGAAAUUUUUGUCGAUAUAUAUUCACUGGUUAUACAUUUGUUCAUAAAUUCAUUUCAACGAUGCAAAAUAUGUCCUUAUUUUUUUUUUGCUAAUUAUUUUGCAUUUUGAAAUUUUAAACUAAAAUUUUUCACACAGGACAUUAUUUUUCAUUUUUUUUUCUCUAAAAUUGUGUAUACGCGAUAUGUUUAUUUCAUAUGGAUUUUUUUUCUUUUUAUUACUUUGAAAAUAAUUCCUUAGCAACAAUAUUUUGAAUAUC